AUGCGUUACUCUAUCCAGUCCGGCUUUUUGUUGGCUGCAUCUUUUUCCCCUCUUGUUGAUGCUGAGCGUGUGCUGGGUGCGUAUAUUUUCGCCCGCCAUGGAGAUCGAACGCCAAAGGUCUUUGGUAACACUCAACUGACGGAUCUGGGCUACCGGGAGGUCUUUGAUUCGGGAUCUUUUUACAACGAGCGAUACAUCUCGUCAAACUCUUCCAAGCAGAUCGAGGGCAUUAGUGCCGAGGUUGUCAACCCAAAACAGAUCAGUGCCUCUGCUCCUUCGGAUACUGUACUGCAGAAUUCCGCCACUGGCUUCCUACAGGGCGUAUACCCCCCCGUAGGGAAAGUGGCUUCCCAGACCCUGGGCAAUGGAACCUCGGUCGAGGCACCAUUGAACGGCUACCAGCUCAUUCAGUUGGUACCUGCCUCUACAAGCAAGAACGCCGAGGAUUCUACUUGGUUGCAGGGCUCCAGUGGAUGCCAGAAGGCAACCGUGAGCAGCAACAACUACUUUACCUCUGAAAUGUACACCUCCCUGCUAUCCUCAACCAAGGAGUUCUACCAAUCGCUUUCGCCCAUGCUGGACGGUGCAUUUGCCUCGUCUGAUAUGACCUUCAAGAACGCCUACACAAUCUUCGACUACUUGAACGUCGGCAAUAUCCAUAACUCUACCAGUCAAUUCCCUCACAAGUCAGACCUGACCGAUGAGGUAUACCACCAGCUGAUCUCUCUAGCUGGAAGCCAUGAAUUCAACCUGGCUUACAACUCCUCCGAGAAAGUGCGCGCCAUCGAUGGUGCCGUCCUGGCGGGUGAGAUCCUGGCUGGACUCAACGAGACCAUCACUACCAAGGGCAAGUCCAAGCUGAACAUCGGAUUCGGCUCCUAUGGCACAAUCUUUUCUCUCUUCGGUCUCUUGCAGAUGCCUGCUGCAUCCGUCAACUUCACCGGAAUCCCGGACUACGCUUCAUCUAUGGUCUUCGAGCUGGUGACGAACGCCAGUGGCACCGAAUUCCCAACUGACAAGUCCGAUCUCAGCGUGCGCUUCAUGUUCCACAAUGGUACCAUCACCGGCUCAUCUGAGCCUACUGCAUACCCACUAUACGGUCAGUCCAGCGAGCUUCUCUCCUGGGAUGACUUUUCCUCCAAGACCAGCGAGAUCGCUGUGACUUCUGAUGACGAGUGGUGUACCAUGUGCGGCAACACAGAUGGCAAGUGCGCUGGUUCGGACAGCACCAGCAGCGACUCCGGCUCUGCUAGCACCUCUAGCACUAGUGGCUCGGGAAUGUCACUCGCUGUGGCGGGUGUCAUUGGUGCUAUGGUUACCCUCGCAGUGAUUCUUGGUCUGGAGGCUAUCUUCUUCCUGCUUGGUGGAUUCCGCAUUGCAAAGCGGAACAAGGCCAGCCCUGAAACAAUGAGCUCGCCAGUUGUUGUGGAGGCGGAUAAAAAGGUUUAG